AUGUCUUAGUACCUUCGCCUGUCCCAAUGGACGAACAACUACAACUACAACUGAGUGAGGUGGAAAGUGAUUGAGAUGGCUGAAGUGACAUAACAACAAAGUGAAAAUAAUAUUUGUUUGGUUUUGCUUGUGACGACGUAAAUUGUUUUUAGAAAUAAAUUUAGAAAUUUCCCCGUAUUUAGCUUUGUGUUUUUUUGUGUUAAUUUAACGAUGGCAUAUAUAUUUUCCUUGAUAUGUUUGUCGAUUUAUCUCAUAAAUGAUGUGGAAUCGCUUCAGAUGUACGUGACGAACAAUGGUCCAUCUGUGAUUGGAUCCAAAAUAACUUUCACAGCGGUUGUAACAGACUAUAGCAAUGAAUUUUUAAAAUAUUCAUUUUACGAUAAUGCCCAGCCGCAACACGAUCAAUCGUUUAUAAAUUCUACGGGUAUCAUGAACUGGACUGUGGAAUACCCUAAAAGAUUUUAUGAAGCAGGAGAAUACACAACAACAGUAUUUUUAAUGAAAAAUUUUAUUGGGAUUUGGAUUAAUGUAGCAACAAGUAGUACUACAUUUAAUUUGACAGAGUCCCUGAAUGGAAAUUUAAGGAUGAGUCAAAGCAACAAAUUGAGACCUAAUAGAUAUGUUUCUGUCAACCAACCUGUUAUUCAUUAUGUACAACUGCCAGAUAAUGAAAUGGAAUUCUUGAAAAGAAAUGCUUCCAAGGUGGUUACUUACUGGUUUAAAGAUUGCACACUAAUAGACCAGACGACAGAUUUAUCAUUGAACUACACAUACACAGAUCUUAUGGGUGAUCACUACAUUGAAGCAUUGGUGGUGGCUGAUAAUCUGCCUUUGCCACCUUUGACUACAACGACAACUUCUACAACGACAACUACAACAACAACUACAACAACUACCAUAACAACACCUAAGCCCCAUACUUCUUCAUUGCCACCAGCGAAUGUGACUGUUCUUUCCAAUAACACACAUAAAUUAGUCAGAAGAUCAGUUUCAAGCAAAAGUAAGAAAGUGGGCAGUCCUCUAAAUUUCGUCUGCUAUAACACAAGCAUUGUCCCGAUUGGCGAUACAUACACGUAUGGGCAUUAUCAGGAGACCAUUAGCGUUGCCGAUCCUGUGGCCACAAUAAACAUCACGGGUCUGAAUUGGCUUCAGCACGGAGAUCUGCUACGAUUGAAUGUGAAAUAUUCUGGUACACCUCCAUUCCAGUACUGUGUGCAAUACAAAGUGGGCCAAUACAAUGUGACUGGCAACGAAACCUGCAACACAAUGUCUACGACAAAUUCUACAGAAUUUCCGCUCAUACACUAUUUCUCGGGCAGCGAUCAACACACUGUUGUUGUCAUAGUAGAGAAUCUGCUCACGAAAAACGUUUCCAGGGCUACGAUUAACAUCUACAAAGUGACUGUUCAUGCGCAGUUGUCAGUUAUCGUCGUUCCGGUCGUGUUUUGUCUUCUUGCAGUCAUUUUGGUGGUCUUCGGGAUAGCGUUCUAUCAGCAUCGUUCAAGAUACACGAUAGAGGUGGCCGAUUUCGACUUCGGCCAAGCGCACCUCGACUACAAAACAUUUACGGAACGCCUGAGGGAUAGUUUCAGAAACGCGUUAAAUUUCAGGCACGACGACACCGAUCCCCUCACGUCUAACGCCAGGUAUGAUUCAAUGACGUAACCUGUUUCAGUAAUUAAAUAAUAAAGAAACUAUUUAUGGCUUUGAUAAAUCUUACGAGAAAACGUGGGGGACAUGUUUUAAGUAGGUGCAGUACACCCUGAAAAGAUCCGCCCAGACAAGAGUGUAAGGAAUGUCCAAUAACAGUGUCUGGUUCACACUAGCGAAUGUUUCGAAAUUUUAUAGAUGUUCCAGUACUUAAUCAUGCACCUAUUAAUCUGUUAAACCUAUUCAAUUGACCUAAACUUUUGUGAGUACUUUUGCUUUUUAAAUUAAACUACUUGUCCUUCCUCAUCCUCAUCGAAACGUAGAUAUAUGUAAUUAAGUAUUAAAAAACGCAUUUAAAACCCGUUGAAAGUAGUUUUAUUUUAUGAGUGCUAUGCGUGAAAACAUAAGAAAUAAAUACUUUUUCUUUUUUACCACUAUUUUGUAGGUAACAUCAAAUUUGAAUAAAAAGAUAACUAGAUUGUUAAGCUAUUCUCUAUUAUUUAAUAAGCAUUUAUUUGCAAGGUUUUUAAAUAAAGGAAGGAUCCAUCGUUUGUGCGUUGCUUGUAAUAAACAAGUGGUUAUGUAUCACAUUCGAGGUUAUAAAUAACCUAUAACUAAAGUUAGUUACCUAUAUCAUAAAGAGAUGACGCCGCUGGCAGCAAAAAUUCAACAAUAUUCUUAUGGUCUGGGUAGCUUACUUGGAAUGUUGGGAUCUUUAAAAACGGAUAUAUAUAUGAUUAUGUUUAUAAAAGUAAUAGAGACUAAUAGAUUGCAUGCGAUAAUUAAAAAUAGUCUAAAAACAUCUUAAUUACACUUGAGGGCAAAAUGUGCACCUAUUAACUUUUUGCGUAUUGCAAACAUUUAAAAGCGAGAAGAAAUAAAACAUUCGCUAAAUUUAAAAAUGCUGUAUUAUAAGUUUCAUUCACUUAAAAUUCUGUUGUUUAUUAGGAGAUACACAAUAUAAAUUUAAACAUUUCUUUGUGAUAAUAUAUUUGUGCAUUCUAUGUUAAUUUUCUUUGUUAUUUUAUUAGAGGAAUUUAUAAUUAUUUUUAAGAAAAUUAAGUAUACUACUGAUGUCUUUAUGUUAUUAUGAAGGCCAAAAUUAUUUGAUUGUUUAACAAAUUAUAAGUGUAGGUAUUUUGUAUAUUGGAGUAAUUUCUUUCUUUUGCUUUUUUUCUUUUGUAAUCUGUUUCCAAAAAUUACAUUAUAGUCACAUGUAAGAAUAUGUAUAUCUUUGCACGGUUAACCCAUUUUUUGGUAAAAGAUGUAUGAUUGUUUUAAACUUUCAUGGUCACUAACAAUAGUAAUAUAAGUUAUUUACGGGAUUGUUACUAUGUACCUUGUUUUUAGUGAGUUUCCGAUAUUUCGGCACUUGCAACUACUCCGUGAUCAUGGCGCAUGAUCACGGAGUAACUGAAGUAAUUGCAGCUAGGUUGUUAUUUGCAGACAUAUCGGUCUACCCUCCGACGAAGUGUUUUAUUGCGUUCGAUACGCGGUACCACUUUUCACAUUCGCACUAUUCACUUAAAAACAAGGCAAGGCACAUGGUAACAAUCCCGUAAAUAACAUUAAUUACUAUAAAAUGCAUGAUAUUUCAAAUUUGUAUGUAAAUAGGUUAUUUGACGGUAUAAAAAAAGUUCCAAUUGUUGGAAUCUGUAUUCAAUGAGAAUAUUAGCAGCGAUUUUACUAUUCUGCGACAACAAACAAUUAAUAAGUUUUCAAAAAAAAUCACUUCUUAAAUAGAAAUUAUGUUUUGUUCAAUGGUCACGUGACCGAAAACGCCUGGCAUUGGCAAAGACUUGAAUGACGUCACACGCUUGUAAAAUUCCGGUUAAAGUGACAUAACAUUGUACAAACUAUAUGUUUGACGUUUUAAUAACAGCCUCACUUGUAUGAGACGUCAAUGGAACCCGAAGUAACGUUUUCGCGACAAUUAUAAAUUUAUUUUUUUAUUUAGUUUUUUUUUUUAUUGAAAUAUACUACAGAAUUACGAAUAUCCAUAGAUCCUUUUUAUGGACUCCACAACAUUAGUAAAUAACGUGGGAUCGUUUUCUAAAACUUGUCAAAAACCCAAUUUUUGAAUGAACCCAAAAAACCCAGACAUUAUCAUCAAAUCAUUAAUUACACUUUGUCAGUGAGAUCACUCUCUGCUUGUCACUCGUUAUUUUAUUAGUGUUCGCAUUUUUUUAACAUUAUGUAAUUUAUUCCAAAUAUUUGAAUGCUUCUUGAUGUCUUUGUUCAUUUUGUUUGAGUUCUAUAUUUCAUACAACCAUACAGAUUAUAUAAAUUUAAAUGUUCUUGCAACAUUGUAGAUAAACCACACAUCAACUGAACUGAAACUUAAAGAGGUGUAAUAUUCAAAUAAAUUUCAUAUCGUCUACCAUUCAAGAAUUACUUUUUUUAAUUUCUUUCUAAGCUUCAUGGUUAGAUUCUACUAAGUGCUGGGAUUUUAUGUAGUUUAUAAAAAAAUAUAGGUAACAAAAAGAGUAAAUAUUCAAAGCGUUGAUGAUUUUAAAACUGUAGAUAUAAUAAAUUAUUAUUCUAUGUAAAUAUGUGAUGUUAACGAACUGUGCCGAUUUGUUACUAUAAUAAUUAUUUCUUAUCUAUGCAAUUUUCAGUAUCGAUUAUUGAAUAUUAUUAAAAAUGUAUUGCCAAUUAUCGGAUAUUUUUAUAAACUGAAAUAUUAUGUAUAUAGGUAGGCCAUAGAGAGAACACUAUUUAGUAAAAUUAAAAUUUGGAUUCACUCCAAUCAAAUGAUUGUCAUAUCUGAAUAUCCUGAUGAUAAGACACAAUGUGAAAAUAAUAAUUGUUUAGCAAAGGAAACAGGGAAAAACAUUCCAUAUAAAAUUUCAUACACAGUUUAUAUAAGUAGUUUUUUUAAUUAGUUCAAGGAAUAUCAAUACACGCUACAUCAAACAAAUUGGCGGAUAAGUGGGUAUGUGUAUAAAUAAGCUGUUUGUUUGUUUUUUGUGUUGUUAGUUAAAGAUAUUAUGUGCAAGUCUAGUCAAAAUUGAUAUAUUGUGUAUUGCUUUAUCAAAAUGAAGGGAUCAGCGAUUUGUUAAAAUCAUUGUAGGUACAUUUAUAUGUUUAUUGAUUUAUAUCAAGGAAGCUAAAGGAGGAAACGUAUAGAAUAAUAUUAAAUAUUUUAGCUUGGAAACUCUUAUAACUAAGAAUGAUCCCUUCAUUUCGAUGAUUACGAAACUCGUAAACAAACAGCUAAAUUAAAAUAAAUUUACUUAUAUUUUGAAAUGAUAAUGAGAUCAAUGUUGAGAUAAUAUUAUUGUCUAUUUUAGUUUUUAGAGACGCAAGGUACUACGUUUAUUUUUAGGGUGCAUUAUGAUUGCGUUUUCCGUCGUCGUGUCCGGUUGACCUUACAUUCAUUCUGGAAUUAAUUUGUUAUUUUCUAACACUCUAAUUUUAAAAUUUUUAGUUUGUAGGAUACGCGCCGAAUAAACGCUUAUCUGUAAGCGCCGUAAGGGUUGUACUUUCUAUGCUAUAAACAUAGAGUAAGACAACUCUGGACAAAUUACAUUAAAUUUGUUUGACGUCUCUGAAUAAGUCCGUUAGUCUGGCAAUGAAAUCUUUACACAGAUUAUCGAAAUUUAUACUCAAUAAUGUUGUUGACAAGAAUCAACAAUAGACUAUAAAGUUUAUUUGUAUUAUACUAGUAAAUUAAAAGUUGAAUAAUUAUAUCAUUUUUCAAACUAUAAAUAAUAAUUAUUUUUACGUACCUACUUGAAAUCAAAUGUUUAGGUAUGAACAGGCUGUAAAAAUAAAGUAAAACUGUAAAUUCAUGCUGUAAAAUGAGGAGCGUUAAGGUAUUCCAUUGCUGAAAUAUAUAUGAGAUGAUACAAGUUGAUAAUUAAUACGAUUGAUAUAUCGAAAAGUGGUUAUAAUAAAAUGUAAAUAAUAUACGUUGUAUUUUUC